AUGAAAUCUCUUUACUGUCUCGUCGCUUUAGGAAUUGCAGCCCCUGCUCGCGGCACCGAGCAUGGGGACGUCGGUUACAGCCCUCCUAUCAAUCGUAUAACGAUCACCUCUUUUCCCAUGCCGUCACCCGAUCCUGCUAUGAUUCGGUCGAUAACGGCGGUGCAGCCCCUCCUUGCGAACAUGACAGUGACCGCCCUGGAGGGUUUCCAGUCUCCCAUACCAACCCUAAUCAAGCAAGGCGGUCUGUGCCAGGGAGGCAUGGCUUUUUGUGACGGACUGUGGAACUGUUGCCCGGGCGGCACUUAUUGUACUGUCGACUCACAAGGGGCUGGUGCAUGCUGCGCAAAUGGAGCAGCCUGUACCGGCUUAUCCACUCCCAUCCCUGCACAGGCAUGGUCCAAUACCGGCGUCGAGAGUACGCCCAGACCAUCACGGAUCUUCGGUUUCCUAGCCCGGCUUGCGAGAUCCAGCUCCUGGUAUACUGCAGACAACAGCACAGCGGCCGAUCUUGCAGCUACCUAUGAGCCUGACGCCCCCAAAGUGGAGGGCAAGAACGAGGGUGGUGGAGGCGGCGAAGGACAUGGCGGAGUCGCUGUUGCAGACCCAGCGCCAAAGCUGAAUCUAACCAGUGCAAAGGCCACGUUCGCGCAGAAUGCCAUGAGUUGGGGAGCACCGAUGCCUCAACCCUCGAGCCUUCCGGAUGUGUCUGUGGCCCCCGUUGGCUUUGCCCGGCAGAUCCGGCCCGCCAUCAUUCCAUCCAAGACCCCAACUUCAAGAUCCGCUCCCAAGCUCAAAUUCAUAGGGGCGAAUCCGGCAACCAUCAAAUCGCAGCAGAACCAAACGAGCAGCGGCGCCGGGAUGUCUCGACCUCUUUCAGUCUUUAAAGUUCCUGUCAUUUUCGCCAACAACAUCAAAGCGGCUGUCCUGCCAAGAUCCGAGGCGGCUGAGACAGGGUACAAACCUGGCUGCCCUGCCAGUGCUAAUGACUCUGCUGGGCCAAUGGCCGUGUGCAAUCAGACGGAUGGUCAUAGGUUGCGCUUCAGUGGGAGUAGUGGGGCAGGCAAUGUUCAACCUUCACGCCUCUUUAGUCGGCUUCGGGGUCUAUUCAGAUGGUGA